AUGCAAAAAAACCCGCCUCUCCAUGUAGGCGACUCGCAGCACGCGUCCCGGCACGACGUCGCCGAAUACGGCCGGCUCGAGAGCCGCAACAUCGGCACAGUGACUUUUGGCGACUAUGUCAUCGACACCUGGUACGGCAACAGCGCGUAUUUCCAGAACUUCGGCGACAGCAAGCUCGGCGUGGACCCGGAGGUCGUGCACAGCCGGCGCCGGGGCUUCCUGCCCGUGAAGCCCGGGUUCUGGGUCGACAACUUGUACGUUUGCGACAGCUGCUUCAAGUACACGCUAAACGCAGAGCACAUGGCCGCCCAUGCGCCCGCGUGCCCGCUCCAGAAACGGUUCCCGCCGUUGGGCAAGGUGGUGUACGUAGACAAGCGGCAGCCGUACGUGAUCAAGAAGGUGCGGGGCUAUCGGCACCCGUUGUUUUGCCAGAACCUCGCGCUUUUCGGCAAGCUUUUCCUCGACGACAAGCUGGUGUUCUACAACGUGGAGGCCUUUGACUUCCACGUGCUCUACGGGCACGUGCCGGGCGCCCGGGCCCGGCCGGCCGGCCACCUCAGCCCCCUCAAACCCAUGGGGUUCUUCUCCGCCGAGGUCAACUCGUACGAGCUGGACACCAACCUCGCGUGCAUCUGCAUCUUCCCGCCGUUCCAGCGGCUCGGGCUCGGCAGCCUCUUGAUCGAGUUCCUGUAUGCCAUGGCCCGCGUGACGCCAGGCCAGCAGUUUCUGGGCCCCGAAUACCCCCUUCUGCCCUUUGGCCGCCGCUUGUACCUCCGCUUCUGGGCCCGGCGCCUAGCGUUUGCCGUGUUUGCGGAGCUUGGCCUGCAGGACGCCGUCACGCUUCUGGACUUGGCCCGCUUGACGGGGUUCCGCAAGGAAGACGUGCUUGUUGCGCUCGAGUACAUGGGCGUGCUACAGCGGGGCGGUCCCGGGGACGCGGAGGCGACGCUUCUGGUGAGCAGCACCAGGGCGUGGUGUGACGCGAACGGCGUGGAUCCGAAAACGCUACAUUGUAUGCUCGACCCAGACGGUGUGCUUGUAUGA